GGCGCCGUGCUGCGCAGCGCGGUGCUCGCCUCGCAGUCGGAGCUGUACCGCGGCAUGGCCAAGGUGACCAACUGCGGCGGCGCGGGCCAGUGCCUGUCCUGCCAGGUCGAGGUGCUCGAGGGGAUGGAAAACCUCUCCCCCUUCACCGACGCCGAGAAGAGG